CAAAAAUAUCAACCUAUUUUAAACACAAUAUAUACCCUAUAAAACCUAAGUUCACUUCACUUUAAUAUAGAAAUGAGCCAAAGUAGUCACCAAAAGCCUCAUGCUCUAUUAUUUGCUUACCCUCUCCAAGGUCAUGUAAUUCCUUUUGUUAACCUAGCUAUCAAACUUGCAUCCAAUGGUUUCAUAAUCACCUUCAUAAACACUCAGUCAAUUCACCAACAAAUUUCAAAAGCCGGUCGGCUAAACAUUAAUGACGUCGAGGGACACGAUCUCUUCUCAGGUGCGCAAAAAUUAGGUCUUGAUAUUCGAGACGUGACCAUUUACGAUGGUUUUUCUGUAGAUUUUGAUCGAUCGCUUUACCAUGACGUAUACUUUGAAACUAUCAUGAAUGAUUUUGGUUUCCAUGUUGAUGAGCUUGUUGGAAAAUUGGUCCUCUCAAAUCCAUCACCAAAUAUAUUGAUUGCUGAUACUUUUUAUGUAUGGUCAUCAACCAUAUCUAAGAAGUAUAAUCUAGUUAAUGUGUCGUUUUGGACGGAACCAGCUCUUGUUUUUAGUGUGUAUUAUCAUUUGGACCUUCUGAGACAAAAUGGACACUACGAUUGCAUUGAUAAUAAACCCAAGGACAUCAUAGAUUACAUACCAGGAGUGAAGGCCAUAAAACCAACAGAUUUACCUUCCUAUAUUCAGUCAAAUGAUACAAAUAUGGUGGUGAACCGAUUAAUCAACAGGGCAUUCAUAGAGGUGAAAAAUGCAGAAAUCAUCAUUUGUAACACUGUCCAGGAACUCGAACCCGAAAUCAUUGCAGCAUUACAACAGAAUCAGCCUGUUUAUGCUAUUGGACCAAUUUUAUCCCCUGGCUUCAUCAACACUUCAGUGUCCACGAGUCUGUGGUCCGAGUCCGAUUGCACCGAUUGGCUAGACGCUAGGCCUCAUGGUUCAGUCUUGUAUGUCUCGUUCGGGAGCUAUGCUCAUACUAGUAAGGAAACAAUAGCAGAAAUUGCACAUGGCCUAAUGGUCAGUGAAGUGAAUUUCAUUUGGGUACUUCGUCCUGAUAUUGUUAGCUCGGAAGAAGCUGAUUUUUUACCCAUUGGUUACGAAGAUCUUAUUAAGGAUCGAGGAUUAAUCGUGUCAUGGUGUUGCCAAACUGCAGUAAUUUCUCAUCCGGCUGUCGGAGCAUUCUUGACCCAUUGUGGUUGGAACUCAAUCUUGGAAAGCAUAUGGUGUUCUGUUCCAUUCAUUUGUUUUCCCUUGCUGACCGAUCAAUUCACAAAUCGAAAAUUAGUAGUCGAUGAUUGGAAAAUCGGGAUUAAUCUUUUUGAUAAGGGUUUGAUUUCGAGGGAUGAAGUGGCAGAAAAAGUAAAAUUUCUGAUGAGAGGUAAAGAAGCAGAACAAAUGAAGCAACAGAUGAAGAAAAUCAAGAACGAAUUAGAGGAUGCAGUGGCAAUAAAUGGAUCAUCCCAAGUGAAUUUGACAAAGUUUAUGGAUGAUUUGACGUCCAAAAUUCAAAAGAAAGAUGUGUUAGCCGUAGAAUUAAAGCAAUCAAACCAUAUUGCAAAAUAAUCAUGUUGUAGCCCCUUAAAAAUAAGUGUUUCCGAUAUGGAAUGAUAUUGUUCGUUACUUCAAUAUGAAAAUUUAAGUUGUAUGUACUGACGAUUCUAAAAAAUAUUUGUAUAAUUAGGUUAAUUAUUCGGA